AUGUUUUCCUUCAAGGUGAGCAAGUGGAUGGGGUUGGCUUGCCUCCGGUCACUGGCGGUCUCUUCCUCGCCCAGUGUUCGGCGGAAGAAAGUAAUCGACAAGCUGCAAGCGGAAAGGGCUUUCAGGGAAGAGAUGAAAACGUUCCGUGGGAAAAUUGGAGCGUUCAGGGAAGAGAUAUGGAAUUUCAGGGGCAAGAUCCACGCUUUCCGGGACCAGAUCCUGGGUUUUUGGGAAGAAGAGAGAGCUUUCUGGGAUGAGGAGAAAACCUUCUGGAAAGAGGAAAAAACCUUCUGGGACAUGGAGAAAGCUUUCCGGGAAGUAGAAAAGAGCUUUUGGAAAAAGUACCGACGUUACUGGAAGGAGGAUAAGGCCUUCUGGAAAGAGGAUGCUGCCUUGUGGGAGAGACACCGCCACCUUCUUCGUGAGGACAAGGCCCUGUGGGAGGAAGAAAAGGCCCUGUGGCUAGAGGAAAGAGCCCUGCUUGAGGAGGAGAAGGCCCUGUGGGAGGAUAAAAAGUCUCUCUGGGAGGAAGAGAAUGCCCUCUGGGAGGAAGAGAAAGCCCUCUGGGUGGAAGGCGAUGGCCUCUAUGCUGCCGUGGGGCGGCGGUCCCCAAACGGGCCCUACCUCGCCCAUGGCGAGCCACCAUCACCGGCCUUCCCGCGAGGCCGAGCCUAG